AAAAGAUUGCAGAAACAGCGAAGAAACUGGGCAUCUUUGUGAUUUCUGAUGAAGUUUAUGGGCAUCUAACUUUUGGCAGCAACCCUUUUGUGCCUAUGGGAAAGUUUAGUUCCACCGUACCGGUCAUUACGCUUGGCUCCAUAUCGAAGACAUGGAUUGUUCCUGGUUGGAAACUUGGCUGGAUUGUGAAAAAUGAUCCCAAGGGCAUCUUUGAUAAAACUGGGAUUGUGGACAGCAUUAAGAACUAUCUGGACAUCACUACAGACCCAGCAACCUUCAUUCAGGGAGCUAUACCUCAAAUCUUUGAGAGAACAAAAGAGACUUUUUUCUCCAGCAUAAUUGGCAUCAUGAAAGAAGCUGCAGAUAUUGUAUAUGAAAUGAUUAAGGAAAUCCCAUGCCUUACUUGCCCGCACAAACCACAGGGAUCCAUGGUCGUAUUGGUAAAGCUAAACCUAUCAACACUUGAAGGCAUUGAUGAUGAUAUACAGUUUUGUCUGAAGUUGGCCAAAGAGGAGUCAGUGAUUGUUCUGCCAGGGGUCACUGUUGGACUGAAAAAUUGGCUCCGCAUUACUUUUGCUGUUGAGCUUCCAGUACUUGAAGAUGGCCUUCAGAGGAUAAAAGCCUUCUCACAAAGACAUGCCAAGAAGCAAUAGGAUCUCUUCUUUUGUCUUCGUCACAGUCAAAUUAAGUGGAUGAUGAUUUGCUAAUCGGCAACUUCAUCUGAUCCCCAAAUAAACAUUCAACGUAACAAAUAAAAAAACAAUAAGAACAAGCUAGUACUGUUGAUCUUAUCUUCACAUGACUUUCUUGUACGAACCCUUAAUUUUCAUGUAUGUGUGCAAUUAUUUAAAAGAAUGUGGGGUUAAUUGCUCUAAUGCCCUUUCAAAGUAUGACCAAAUCCAUAUUAUUGCCC